AUGGCGCAUUCCACGGCGCCCCCGCAGCUACAUCGCUUGGUUCUCUCGUUUGUCCUGCUUCUACUCCUUAUUUCCAGGCACGCUGACAGCCGAGGCGCUUCGCUGAGAGAUCAAGCCGCGGCGCUCCUCCACUGGAAAUCAUCACUCAACUUCUCCUCCAAGCACCAGCUGGGAACCUGGAGAGACGACGGCAUGUAUCCGUGCAACUGGACCGGCAUCACCUGCGGAGACACUCGGUCAAGCGGAGGAACCACGGUGAAGGUCAUAAGAGAGCUUAUCCUUGCUGGUGCCGGCAUCGCAGGACAACUUCACACCCUCAGAUUUCAAUCACUCACAUACCUCGUCAAUCUCGACCUCAGCGAUAACUAUGGUCUCUCUGGCACCAUCCCUCCUAGCAUCGGCUCUCUUUCCAUGCUUUCCAGCCUCAACUUCUCCGGUGAUCAGCUCAGUGGGCACAUACCUGUAUCAUUUUUCAACCUUGGGAGGCUCACAUACAUGGACCUCUCAAGCAAUAAUAUCACUGGCCAAAUCCCUCUUGCCUUGGGAAAUCUCUCAAGACUUGCCAUUCUUUAUCUGGAUGGGAAUAGGCUCUCAGGUACCAUUCCAUGGCAACUCGGACACCUUCAGAACAUGAGGGAGCUGGAUUUGUCCUUGAAUAUUCUUUCUGGCGCAAUACCUUCCGCCAUUGCUAACCUGACAAACCUCAACUUUCUAGACCUUUCUGCUAAUGGUCUGUCGGGACCUAUACCUAAAGUGCUAGGAGAUAUCCACACCCUGCAAGUAAUAUCCUUGUCGGUAAACAACCUGACUGGCACAAUUCCGCCAUCCCUUGGAAACCUCACAAUGAUGAAAAUAAUGGUCUUAUAUCGGAAUCAGCUCACUGGUCCGAUCCCGGUAGAGCUUGGGAUGCUCUCGAGCUUGACUAAGUUGGACUUUUCACAUAAUCAUUUGACGGGUCCUAUUCCUUCAAGUAUUGCUGGAAAUCUUACUUCAGUGUCCCAUUUUUUACUUUGGAGUAACCUCAUAACUGGAUCAAUCCCUCAUGGGUUUGGAAAUCUUGUGAAUCUGGAAAUCCUCGACAUUUCGAUGAAUUUCAUAGUUGGAUCAGUGCCGACAAGUAUUGGGAACAUGUCUUCACUCAGGGAUAUACACAUAGGAAGUAAUAAUCUCUCUGGGGAACUGCCGUCUGACUUUGGAAACUUGGAAAAUUUGGAAUAUCUUGCAGCCUAUAAAAAUCAGCUGUCUGGCAUAAUCCCUCAGAGUUUUGGAAAUUUGGUUAAUAUGAUAGAAAUGCGACUAUUUUCCAAUCAAAUCUCUGGCUCUUUGCCUUCAUCGCUCUCCAACCUUACCAAUUUGGUCAGCAUUCAACUGUCUAAUAACCAGCUAAUAGGACACUUGCCAGAGUUGUGCCAAAGUAAAAAGCUACAAAGUUUAAUACUUCAUUACAACAAUCUGGAUGGUCAUGUCCCAAAAGGCUUGAGGGAUUGCAGCUCACUAAUAUCCCUCGCAAUUAGCGGUAAUCAGAUUGAGGGAGACAUAACUGAAGCCUUUGGGGUGUAUCCACAUCUCACAAAAAUUAGUUUGUAUUCAAACAGGUUCAUAGGUCGGCUCUCACCUAACUGGGGCGCAUGUCAAAACUUGACCUGGAUUGAUUUUUCCAACAACAUGAUAGAAGGCAAUAUACCUUCUGAGAUUUGGGAGCUAAAAUAUCUUGCAAAGCUUAAUCUGGAUAACAAUAAGUUGACCGGUGAGAUACCACGGGAAAUUGGAAAGUUAAUCAGCCUAUACUGGAUGGACUUAACAAACAAUCAACUAUCUGGCCAAAUCCCUAAACAGAUAGGCCAACUUGGCAAUCUUGAGCUUCUUAGUUUGUCAAGCAACCUGUUGAGUGGUAAAAUACCAGAAGACAUCGGAAAUUGUUUGAAACUACAAUUACUACGGAUGAAUAACAACAGUCUUAGUGGAAGUCUUCCUCGUAAUUUGGGUCAUUUAGCUUCCCUACAAAGAAUGCUUGAUCUUAGUAUGAACAAUCUCACUGGACCAAUACCAUUGGAACUUAGCAAGCUAGAGCUGUUGAUGUUUGUGAAUUUCUCACACAAUCAAUUUAGUGGUGCAAUCCCUAUCUCGAUUGCAAGCAUGAAAAGCCUAUCUGUAUUUGAUGUAUCAGACAACUUCCUAGAAGGCUCCGUCCCAAAAGGGAUCCACAAUGCAUCAGUCGAAUGGUUUCUCCACAACAAAGGCCUUUGUGGAGAUCUUGUUGGUCUGCCUCCUUGUGACCUCCCACCUGCGACUCAUAACAUAAAGCGUAUAAAAAUAAUACUAUCAAUCGGCGUUCCCAUGUUUGCCGCUACUAUUUCAAUAGUAUCAGCUGUAAUUGCUUUUUUCAUUUGCCGCAAGAAAGUAUCUCAAAAUACUGAUGACGUGAGAAAAAGGGAUGUAUUUUCUGUAUGGAGCUUUGAUGGUAGAAUGGCAUUUGAGGAUAUUAUCAAUGGAACUGAAAAUUUUGAUGACAAGCAUUGCAUUGGAGAGGGGUCAUACGGUAGUGUUUAUAAAGCAGAACUUCAAGAUGAACAAGUGGUUGCGGUAAAGAAACUCCAUGCAGGAAAUGAACAGGUGCAUGAUGAAGAAAUAUUCCAGCAUGAGAUUGAAAUGUUAACAAAAAUUCGACAACGCAGCAUCGUCAAGCUGUAUGGAUAUUGUUCUCAUCCACGGUACCGGUUCCUUGUAUGCCAGUUUAUAGAGAGAGGAAAUCUAGCUUCUAUCUUAAGCAAUGAAGAACUGGCAAUCCAGUUCCACUGGCAAAGAAGGACAACUCUCCCACUGAUAAUUCAUCGAGACAUCACAAGCAAAAAUAUCUUACUAGAUGCUGAUUACAAAGCAUUUGUCUCGGAUUUCGGUAUUGCAAGAAUGUUAAAACCGGAUUCAUCGAAUUGGAGUGCACUAGCGGGGACGUAUGGCUAUAUAGCACCUGAAUUUGCGUACACAUCUGUAGUUACGGAGAAAUGUGAUGUAUAUAGCUUUGGUGUUGUGGUGCUUGAGGUGUUAAUGGGGAAACAUCCAGGAGAUGUGCAAAAUUUUAUUUAUUCGUUGGGUGACCAAUUUCUCCUAGAAGAAAUUUUGGAUAAACAACUUCCACAACCCGAAGGUGGUGAAGCAAAUGACGUGAAGCGGUGCAUCUCUAUGGCAUUUGAGUGCCUGCUUCCUUCACCUAAAGAAAGGCCAACUAUGCAGAAAGUUUAUCGUGAUCUUAUUUUCUAA